UUUCAUCACAACUGUGCAACAGCCUGGGCAGCAGAACUGGUUGGGAAACAUCUUCAUGCAGAAACUGGUUUCAACACAACUGCCUGUACCUGCUGCUAAGAACAGGAAGAAAAUAAGGCACGUCUUCUAAAACAGCGUCCAUUCCGAGCCCCGAUAGUGUUUCAGCUUUCCUUUAUCAUGCAUGAUUCUGUUCAAUCAACAGCAGCCCGAGGAGGACCAGUUAGCCUGUGAGCUAACCGAGAAGCUAACUCCUCAAAGGCGAGAUGCAACCAGCUUCCUUUUAGUAAAAAGCCAAAAAAAGAACUUGGAGAUUAUUGGACAUCUCUUGGACCCGGGACCAUUCAAGACUUUUUCUCGGAGGACGAGAAACUGGUUUGACCGGUCUUCUUGCCGGCGAGUUUGUUUCUACUGAGAAGAUCUUCAGUCUUGACCACCAGCCACCAAAUGUCCUGCAAUAAAGAAGCAGAGAAGGAACCAGAACCCCAGCCAACAGUGACGAUGAAAGGAGACCCAGAAUCUCAAUCAAUUAAAGAAGAACAGGGGGAAAUUUGCCUUUCUAAGGAGGAAGGGCAACUUUUAAUCAAGCAGGAGAUUGAAACCAUUGUGGUGACUUCUGCCCAUGAGAAAGUAGCCUGCAAUGAACUAGAACAGCAGCAGACGACGGAGAUCGACGAGAAACCAGAGCCGGUGCAUUUUAAAGAAGAUCCAGAAUCAGUGCAGAUCAAAAAAGAAGAGGAGGAGCUGGAGACUGCACAGGUUAAAGAGGAACAGGAGGAUCUCUGCUCUAAUCAGGAUGAAGAGCAGCUGGUACUGAAGCCGGAGACGCUGUGGGCUCCUGCAGAUGAGGACAGUAAACCAGAACCAAACAAAGACCGCCUUUUUUCUGCAAACUCCCCUAAAGCCGAGGACCAACCUCAACCAGAAAGCAACCAGAAAGAGUCUGGAUCUGGUGGGAAUAAAGAUCCCAAACCAAGGAAGAGACGGAGUAAAAGGAAGCCGCAUUCCUGUGAACUCUGCGGGGAAAGCUUCGCUCAGCUUAGAUCCUUGGCGUCUCACCUGAGAACACACAAAGAUGGGAAGCCUUUCACGUGUGCGACCUGCGGGAAAGGUUUCACCAAGCAGAGCAACCUGACCGUUCACAUGAGAAUUCAUACGGGAGAGAAGCCCUAUCCUUGUGAAUUGUGCGAUAAAACCUUCCGGACCACCAGUCAGUGGGCCUGCCACACCAAAAUCCACAUAACCGGGAAGCCUUUCCGGUGUGCCACCUGUGGAAAAACCUUUACCAAGCAAAACAACCUGACCAAACAUGUAAGAGUUCACACGGGGGAGAAGCCCUAUCCGUGUGAGCUGUGUGAUAAAUCCUUCAGAACCACGAGUCAACUGGCCAGCCACACCAGAACCCACACAGGCGAGAAGACCUGUUCCUGUCCGACUUGUGGCAAAGGCUUCUCCAGACGGUACGACUUGAACGUCCACAUGAGAACUCACACAGGCGAGAAGCCCUUUUCCUGCCACAUCUGUGGCGAGCGUUUUAUCCGAAAGAUCACCUUCAAUUUCCACGUGCGAGCUCACACAGAAGGGAAGCCGUACACCUGCGAGGUCUGUGAAUCCUCUUUCAAUUAUAGCUAUGAUCUGGCCCGUCACAUGAGAAUCCACACGGGGGAGAAGCCCUUCUCAUGCCUGACCUGCGGAAAAACCUUCCGGGAGCGAAGUAGUUUAAACGGACACGUCAGAGUUCAUACCGGCGAGAAGCCGUAUGUCUGUUUAGCCUGUGGCAAAAGUUUUGCUCGGAAACAUAACCUGACUAUUCACAUGAGAACGCACACAGGCGAGAAGCCGUAUUCUUGUGACGUAUGCGGGAGGUCUUUCACUGACCAUACGAUACUGAUCAACCAUGUAAGAAGCCACACAGGUGAAAAGUCUUUCUCGUGUCCUUAUUGUGGAAAAUGUUUCACCAAGAAAUACACCUUGACUGUGCACAUGAGGAUCCACACAGGCGAGAAGCCGUUUGCCUGCCAGUCGUGCGGUGAGGCCUUCAUCUCCAGAGGUAAACUAACAAAACAUGUGUGCUGAAUGAGUCUCUGUUUUGCACACAUCAGCUGGAGAAAUGAAGCCUUGUUGGACUAUCAAAGGACAAAAGUUGGUCCAUUUUGUGACUGAACCAAUCAGUACUUGGAGUCACAGCACCACCUAGUGGACAAAUAUAAGCAAGGUUCCUAUGCUGUCUGUAAAACUGAAGUUCUGAUAAUUUUUCCGGUAUCAAUCAGAGAAUAAGGGGAAAAAAAGUGUAUUAAGAAAUAUAAGAUUAUUUUCCCAUCUUGGUUCUUAUUGUCAAUUUUCUAAAACACAAAGAUCGUAGGUCACGUUCCCACUGCUGGUCGUAACGCUCAAAUCCAAUUUUCUUUUCUGAGAUUUGAUUUUUUUGCAAGGUCGUUCCCAUUACUUUUAAAAUUCAAUU